AUGAGGCGGUUUCAUUGGUGCAUUAUCGGGGUCCUACUGGUGGGCCCGACGGUGUCAGUAAUGGGAGGUGAUGCGGUCGAAAUGGAAAAAUUCGCGGGACACAGGGACGCAAGUAGCAGUGAACAAAUCACAAAUCUCAUUGAUUUCAUCUUUGGGUACAGCAGCUCUCAAGGUCGAACAUUCGGCAUGAAGAGGAUACAAUUUAUGCUCAUGCCGAUGAUGUAUAAAAUGGGAGUGAUGAUGACACUCCUGAUUGUUCUCACUGUGAUCUCCAUGAAGGGCCUGAUGAUCGGUAUCAUGCUGUUGGUCCUGAAGCUGAGUGCCUUCUUCGGUAAAUUCUACGCCUCAUUGUCGUCACACCAGCCUGCAGCAUGGUCACCAGCAGCCCAACCAGUUCAUCUUCACGUUCACGGAGGUCACCAUCCCCCUCACUACACACCGCACUAUGACCCUGGCCAAUGGGAGCCAGCCAAUAAUCCAGGAGACGAGCACUAUUAUUACAAAGGAUGA